CUCCCUCCCUGUGAGGCGCGCCAGUCAGCAGCUCUUUGGAGGCAGGAGGUCUGGGUCCGGAGUCUGGAGUCGCGGGUGAGGAGUGGGUGGUGUUCCAGAGCCGGACCUGGGGCUGGAGACGGUGUUUGUGUGUCAAGGUGGUGGCGGAGAGAGGGUAUCACUGUGAUGGAGGCGAGUUGGGUCAUCUCAUCAGGGGACAGCUCUAUGGUCUCAGCCCCAUCGACCCACAGUCGCAGCAGCCAACCGAGGUCUGCUGUUUUUAUUAAUAACUGCCACGUAGAGGUACCCAAGUAAAGGAUAUUUGCUGUUUUUAAUAUUUUCCAGUUCAGGUUGGAGGCACGGGUAGCAGCAAGAAUGGGUUUAGAAGAAUAUACAGUGUUUUUAAAGGAAAUAUCAGAGUUAAUUAUGAAUCAAAUGCCAAAAGCUGAUUAUGCCAGCAUAUUCAAUGAUUUUGUUGAAUCUGAGUUUUUUCUGGUUGAUGGAGAUUCGUUGCUUCUCAUGUGCAUCUGUGAGACAUCAUUAAAGCAGGGACAGGAGCUCCACUUCUUCUAUCUGGUUGAACGCUAUCUUGUGGAUAUUGUUAGUAAAGGAGGACAAUUUGCCGUAGUUUUUUUCAAGGAUGCUGAGUAUGCAUAUUUCAACUUCCCUGAACUUCUUCCAUUGAGAGCUGCCUUAAUUCUUCAUCUUCAGAAUAAUACCACUAUUGAUGUUCGAACAGAAUUUUCUGGAUGCUUAUCACAAGAGUGGAAAACUUUCUUGGAAGAGAAUUACCCAUAUUUCCUAAUAGUUGCAGAUGAAGGCCUGAACCAUCUACAAACACACCUUUUCAACAUUUUUAUCAUUCAGUCUUGGGCAAUGAAGGUCAAUGCUGUGCUUUCCUCAGGGCAAACAUCUAAUCUUCUUCGACUUUAUGCGUACUUUAUGCCAAGCAAAUCCACAAACCAGGAUUUUUUCAGGAAGAAUAAAAAGAAGAUUGAGAAUGCUUAUAAAACCCUGAUUGAACAAUUGGAAGAAUGUAGAGUAUUGGCAUUAGAAUCUCUUUUUGGAAAUUUAAAAUGGAAAAAUAUGAUGGAAGAGGCAUGUGAAACUAUUUUUCGGCUUAAGCAACUCUGGCCAGAAGGAUCUGACAUUCGACGUGUUCUUUGUGUUACGUCGUGUUCACUAUCUUUGAGAAUGUACCAUCACUUUUUAGAAAACAGAGAGACAACUACCACUGAUCAGAAAACUAACAUCCAACAGGAGAAAAGGAAUUGCUUAACCCUGAAAGAGAUGGAAGACUUAUGUAAACUGCAGUGUCUCAGCGUGGUUUUUCUACUCCACUUACCUCUUUCUCAAAGAGCUAGUACUAGAGUCAUCGUUUCCCAUUGGAUUGAGGACGUUGAGGCUUUCUUAAAAAUGAAAAAGUGGUGUGAAUAUUUCAUCCUAAAUAAUAUAAACAUUUUUGAAUUUUGGAAUCUCAAUUUAAUUCACCUUUCUGACUUAAGUGAUGAGCUUCUGUUGAAGAAUAUUGCUUUUUACUAUGAAAAUGAAAAUGUUCAAGGCCUACAUUUGAAUUUGGGAACUGUCAUUAUGAAAGAUUAUGAACACCUGUGGAAUACUGUAUCAAAGUUGGUCAUGGAGUUUGAUGUUGGAAAGCCAUUUCCUCUGAGAACAACAGAACUUAAUUUUCUUAAAAAGAAUCCAUUACCAAUCAAAGACUCCUCCAAGGAAGAGAUACCCAGUUUGGGUUUUAUUCCAGUGUCAUCCGAGGUGGUUGAUAAAUUUGCUGGAGACAUUUUGAAAGAUUUGCCUUUCCUAAAGAGUGACGAUCCUAUUUUAACUUCACUGGUUAAACAUAAGGAAUUUGAUGAACUUGUACAUUGGCAUUCUCGCAGACCCCUUAGUGAUGAUUAUGACAGGACAAAGUGCCAAUUUGAUGAGGCUCAUAAAACCACUAACAGAAGAUCAACAGAGUUUGAAUUGGGAUCUUGUCUCUUUGAAAAAUCUAGAGAUCGUUAUUUUCUUAAAUCUCUGCAAAAGUAUUAUCGCUUUCAACGAUUUUAUGGAAAUUCACUAGAAUCAGUCUCUUCCAAACUCAUUGUAACUCAAGCUGUCAAGCCAAAGAAGAAUUUCAGUGGGUCCAAGAGCAAAAAGGCAAAUGGGACUAAGGCUGAAAUAAUUACUGAAGCGAAUAAGAAGAGGUUAUUUGCCAAGGAAGAAGAAAAAGAAGAGAAAAAAUGGAGUGUUCUGUCAUUUUCUAUUGAAGAGGAAAUGAAAGAGAAUUUAAACUCUGGAAUAAAGAAUCUGGAAGAUUUUUUGAAAUCAUGUAAAAGUAACUCGGUGAAAUUUAGAGUUGAAUUAGUAGGGUUAACUGCCUGCUUGAAAGCAUGGAAGGAACAUUGCAGAGGCCAAGGAAAAGGUGAAACCACAAAAGAUUUAAGUAUAGCUGUUCAAAUGAUGAAAAGGAUCCACUCCUUGAUGGAAAAAUACCCAGAACUUUUACAAGAGGCAGAUCGGCGACUCAUAGCCAGAUGCCUUAAGUAUUUAGGAUUUGAUGAGUUGGCAAGUUCUUUAUAUCCAACCGAGGAUGCAGCAGAUGAUGACAUAAAGGAGAAGAAAAAGAAUAAAUAUUCAAUUGGCAUUGGGCCAGUUCGGUUUCAACUACAAUAUAUGGGUCAUUAUUUGAUACGAGAUGAGAGAAAAGAUCCAGAUCCCAGAGUUCAGGAUUUUAUUCCUGACACAUGGCAGCGUGAGCUCCUUGAUGUUGUGGAUAAUAAUGAGUCAGCAGUGAUUGUUGCCCCAACAUCCUCAGGCAAAACCUAUGCUUCCUACUACUGCAUGGAGAAAGUGCUGAGGGAGAGCAAUGAAGGGGUGGUUGUGUAUGUUGCUCCAACAAAGGCCCUCGUUAAUCAAGUGGCAGCAACUGUUUACAAUCGUUAUACUAAAAAUAUGCCAAGUGGUGAAACUCUAUGUGGUGUUUUUACAAGGGAUUAUCGUCAUGAUGCCCUAAACUGUCAGGUACUUAUCACAGUGCCUGCCUGCCUUGAAAUUCUGCUGUUAGCUCCUCAUCGCCAAGCAUGGGUGAAAAGGAUCAGAUAUGUUAUAUUUGAUGAGGUCCAUUGUCUUGGUGGAGAAAUUGGAGCAGAAAUUUGGGAGCAUCUCCUUGUCAUGAUCCGAUGUCCCUUUCUGGCUCUUUCUGCUACGAUAAGCAACCCUGAACAUCUCACUGAGUGGCUGCAAUCAGUAAAACGGUACUGGAAACAAAUAGACGAUGUAAUAGAAAAAAAUGCUGCUUCUAAAAGAAAUGCUAACUGUCGUGCCAAUUUUCACAAAGACUACAUGCAAAGGAAGCAAUCAUAUAAAGUUAGACUUGUGAUCUAUGGAGAGAGAUACAAUGAUUUAGAGAAGUACAUAUGUUCAGUAAAAUGUGGUGACAUUUGUUUUGAUCAUUUUCACCCAUGUGCUGCGCUAACAACAGAUCAUAUUGAAAGGUAUGGAUUCCCUUCUGAUCUUAGCCUUUCACCUCAAGAAACCAUCCAGCUUUAUGACACCAUGUUUCAAUUCUGGCAAAGUUGGCCCAGGGCCCAGGAGUUGUGUCCAGAGAAAUUCAUUCAUUUUAAGAAUAAAAUAGUCAUUAAAAAGUUGGAUGCCAGAAAGUAUGAAGAGAGCUUAAAGGCAGAAUUAACAAGUUGGAUUAAAAAUGGCAAUGCAGAGGAGGCCAAAAGAGUCCUGAGUAAUCUUAGACCCAAUUCGGUUUUUAAUUCAUUAAACAUGGAAAGCAUGUUCCCACUUCUCGUUGAAAAGCUAAGAAAAAUGGAAAAGUUACCAGCGAUAUUUUUUUUAUUCAAGUUAGGAUCUGUAGAAAAGAGCGCAAUAAACGCAAGUAAUUUCCUGGAGCAAAAGCAAGAGAGAGAAAGGCCUCUCACAGCUGAUAAAGAAGCUCAUGUUGUGGCUAACAAACUUAAAAAAGUUAAAAAAUCCAUCGAGAAACAAAAGAUAAUUGAUGAAAAAAGCCAGAAAAAGUCCAGAAAAAUGGAUCAAAGUUUUAUACAAGAAGCUGAAUAUAGUAAUCUACUCAAGGUUCUAGAGAAGAACCUGGAAAUCCCUGAGGAGUGCACGUAUGCUGAUCGGAAAGCACUGGACACUGAGACUUUGCAGGUGAUACUUGAUCGAGUGAAAUUCUCAAGAAAAGGUGCAGAACUGAAGGCUUUGGCAGAAAGGGGUAUUGGAUAUCAUCACCGAUCUUUGACCCACAAGGAAAAACAGUUAGUUGAGAUUCUUUUUAGGAAAGGUUUUAUUAAGGUGGUGACAGCUACUGGGACACUUGCUUUAGGAAUCAAUAUGCCUUGUAAAUCUGUGGUUUUUGCUCAAAACUCAAUCUAUCUAGAUGCUUUAAAUUACAGACAGAUGUCUGGACGUGCUGGAAGACGAGGUCAAGACCUCCUGGGAGAUGUAUAUUUCUUUAACAUUCCAUUGCCCAAAAUAGAAAAACUCAUAAAAUCCAAUGUUCCUGAGCUGAGAGGACAGUUCCCCUUCAGCAUAACCCUGGUCCUGCGACUCAUGCUGCUGGCUUCGAAGGGUGAUGACCCAGAGGAUGCCAAGGCCAAGGUGCUGUCAGUGCUCAAGCAUUCAUUGCUGUCCUUCAAACAGCCCAGAACCUUGGAGAUGCUAAAACUUUACUUCCUGUUUUCUUUGCAGUUCCUGGUGAAAGAGGGCUAUAUAAGUCAAGAAGGUAAUCCGAUGGGGUUUGCUGGACUUGUAUCACAUUUGCAUUAUCAUGAGCCUUCUAAUCUUGUUUUUGUCAGUUUUCUUGUAAGAGGCCUCUUCCAUAAUCUCUGUCAGCCAACUCAGAAAGGCUCAAAACAUUUUUCUGACGAUGUUAUGGAAAAGCUAGUAUUAGUAUUGGCAAACCUGUUUGGAAGAAGAUAUCUUCCAGCAAAGUUCAGAGAUGCUGAUAUCAAGUUUAAUCAAUCAAAGGUGUUCCUUGAGGAUCUCCCUAAGGAUUUUAAUGAUGCUUUACAUGAGUAUAACAUGCAGGCUACAAAGGACUUUGCCUUUUUCUUACUAAUUGUUUCCAAAUUGGCUGAUAUGAAACAGGAAUAUCAACUCCCACUGUCAAACAUAAAUUUCACAGGUAAAGAAUGUGAAGACUCCCAACUUGUGUCUCACUUGAUGAGCUGCAAGAAAGGAAGAGUAGCUGUUUCUCCAUUUGCUUGUCUCUCUGGCAACUGUGACAGCGAUUUGCUUCAAUCACAAACUCCAAACCAUAUCAUUCUGCGCACAAUUGGUAUCCGUCACUCUCAGACUCCUGUGCUGUUGCCUCAGGCAUUUGAUAGCCAAGGAAGAAGAAUGCCACUUAAUGCUUAUGCACUUGAUUUUUAUAAACAUGGUUCCUUGAUAGGAUUAGUCCAGGACAACAGGAUGAAUGAAGGAGAGGCUUACCAGUUGUUGAAAGAUUUUUCACUCACCAUUCAAUCUAUCAGUGUUUCCUUGCGUGAACUAUGUGAUAAUGAAGAAGACAAUGUGGUCUUAGCUUUUGAACAACUGAAUGAAACCUUUCAUGAAAAACUUACAAACGUCUAAAAACAAAGUAUCCAAACCUCUUAAAAUAUUUUUCAAGUUGUAUUAUGAUUCUCAUGUUUUUUUGUCAGAAAUACAUAUAUGAUCAAUUAGAAAGAGAAUGCACUUUGGAGUCAGAGUUGUGAUCAAAACUGCCAUGUUCUCUCAUAAGCACCCUUGGAUAAAUUAUUUAAUAUUUCCAAGUCUAGUUUCCUUAUAUAGUUGAGUAAUAAUGCUUAUGUCUCAGCUAGUUUGCAGAUUGAUUGAAAAAAUGCAAAGAUUUUAUAUGUAACUGAAAAACAAUUUUUACUCUGUGAAGCUUACACAAAUAUUACAUUCUGAACAUAUUUUUCUUCAAUGUCAUAGUUUGUAAAAAGUCUACUAAGGCUAAAAUAAAUGGUUAUCAUAUCCUGAAGUUGAAAUAUAUUCUCUCUAAUUAACUUAAUGUGAUUAUGUGACUUAGAUAUAAGCCUAUUAAUAUCUUCUAGUAAUUUUUUACUACUACUUUAAAAUUAUAUUGAUAAAUGAGAGCUUUGGGAUAAAUUCUGUGAUGUUUUAAAGUUAAACGUAACUGAUGAUCUGGCUUGAUUUUAAUUGUAUAUUAGUGACUGGAAAACCACAAAGAAAUAAAAUGGGUUUGAUCUACAUACCAUUGAUCUCUUUAUGUUAAAUCGAUGCAUCUGUCAAUCCGUUUGCACACAUGUGUGCAUUUUUUUAUUAUUAGUUUCAGGUAUAUAAAACACUGUAAUAGUUAGACAUUUACACCCCUCACAAAGUGAUAAUCCCUGUCCCCUAAUCUACUACUGUCUGAAAUCAUACAUAGCUGUUACAAUUCCACUGACUCUAUUCCCUAUGCUGUACUCCACAU